AUGUUAAAUACAUCUAUCAUCAAAUUAGCUCAGUCUUCAAAUGUUCUGUCGCAAUGGUCGCCGAUAUUGGCCUCACAAUUUCAUACAUCGUCAGCCUUAUGCAGAGUGGUUUCCGGAAAAUACAGGAUCACUAAAAAGAGAGAUAGACCAUUGACUUAUGAAAUGGCGAAUCCACCUCACUUCAUUGCUCAUAGAAAGACUUGGAACUCAUGGAACACAGCAAAUUUAAAAGAUGGUCUACGAAGGUCUGAAACAGCAGUUGAGGAUGAGUUUAUAAGAAGGUUCAUGACUGGCACGUGGCAUGGUCUUGUCUGUAGUGAGGUCAUAAUAAAACGGCAAUUCAAUCACAUCCGUAUAGCAGCCAUUAUAAGAAGAGCUGUGUCACCCACAAAAAUGUAUUUCCUUAUUGGUUACACAGAGGAACUUCUAUCAACCUGGAUACAAUGCCCUGUAACAUUAGAACUACAAACUGUGGAUAGUUUUAAAGAUGUUGUGUUCAAAUAUAUU